AUGGCAUGGCUGACACAGAUUGGAUGCACAUACAUUGAUUGGGUUGAGAAUAAAAUGCGUUUCACAUACCAGGGGGAAUGGAUUGAGAUCAGAGGGGUUCGUACUAGAGAGUGCACUCCAUUACAAAACUAUGUUGAUGAAAACCAUUUUGCCCAGUUGCAUUAUGAUAUCCAAUCAAGUAUGGUGACACCAACUCAACAGUUGGAGAUGAAAUCAAUACUGCACAGGUUUGAUAAUAUUUUCAAGGAACCACGAGGAUUGCCUCCUGAACCUCAGCAAGAACAUGCUAUACAGUUGCUGAUCGGCCAGGGCCUAGUUAAUGUUCGACCGUAUCGCUACCCUCACCACCAUUAG